AUGGCUAGCCGAAGACACCUCGUCCAGCGAUCGCGAAAUACUCAGGAAGAAACAGAUUCUCCUACAAGGACGCCACAGCGUAGUUCUCUGAGUGGUGCGCAGCGGCUGAAUACAGAACUUCCACCAUAUGAACCGCUCGAAUGUGCUCUUACGCCGUCGGCGCGAGAGCAGUUGGAGAGACUGAAGCAUAGUCAUGAUCAUGGCAAAUACAAAAAACACAUCAAGUCCUCAAUUUUAGCUGUCACUGAAGCCGCAACCUCGAGCAAUGACCGACUUUACGAGCGAAAAGCUAUUGCCCUGAAAAAAGCAGAGAAGCGGGAAAAGGAGGGCAGAGAGGAUGAAGAGCCGACGCAGGAGGAAAAGGAGGAUGCGGACUAUCUGAGAAUAUUGAACAGAAAAGUAAAAACAAUGACUCAGGAAACAGAACAGGCAUUGAGGGAGCUUAUUGAUUAUGAUGAUGAGCUGGCUAUGUUCACAAACCGGCUUGAAGUGGUCAUUCAAGCUCUUGGAAACGCCCCUGCUCCCCAACACACCGGACGACGACCAAGAGUUAAUGCUGAUGGAGAGGGUGACUCCGAUGAUCCAGAAGAUCAAGAGCCGGAAGAAGCUGUGCCUGUGAUUGCCCCAUCAGAUAUUUACAAGAGGGCUCUUACAGAGUACGAGAGGGAAUACCGCUCAAAGUCAAUGAGGGCCAGAUAUGAUAUCAAUGACUAUAAGAACUUCAAAAGAGUCGUUCAUGAUGCGCAACACCCCGAGGAAAAUGCACCACCUGUACCUCAUGCGAAUACUUGGUUUCCAGAAGAAAAUGCUAGACCCAACGGCAACGGUGGUGGGGAUGAAUCUAGUGACGACGAGAUUGAGAUUGCAUCUGCAACGGCAAAUCUAAAGGAUCUCUUCACAAUGCAAUAUUUCAAAGAGCCAUGGACCAGCAAAACCUGCGGCCAUACCUUUGAGAGAUCGGCGUUUCUUGACUAUCUUCAGACGAGUGGGACUGAUUGGCAAGAACCUCCUCCAUCUAGACGUCGGGUUAGAAAGGUCAAGUGUCCACAAACAGGUUGUGAUCAGAUGCUUGUACCAGAAGACUUUUCGCUUGACAAGGUUAUUAUGCGACAAGUGAAACGUGCCCAAGAAAUUGAAGCCAGGGGUGAGGAUCCAGAUGAAGAUGACGAUGAAGACGCAGCUCCUCGUGGGACACAAUCUACGCGUCCGCAGGAGCUUGAAAGCGAUGAUGAUGAUGAGGAAGAGGAUGUUCCUGCGCGAGUUUCACGCGUCAAACAAGAACGGGCGACAAGCCGCGCUCCAAUGGGUGGCCGUGGGAGACCUGCUGACGAUUCAGAUAUUGAGAUGGACGACUGA